AUGGAGUUUCUGCGGGCGCUCUGGCUGUGCGUGGGGGUGGCGGGCAGCCUCCUGCCGGCGCCCUGCCAGGGGCACCCCCAGCCCUGCCACAUCCUCGCCAGGGUCGGGCACACGGUGCGCCUGGGCGCGCUGCUGCCCCCGGGGGGAGCGCAGAGCCGGGUGCGCAGCGCCCUGGCCAGGGCGAACCGGGCCACCUGGUUCCCCUAUAACCUGAGCUUGGAGCUCGUGCCGGGGGCUCCCCGGGAGCGGGACCCGGCGUCCCUGGCUCGCUGGCUGUGCCAGGCGCUGGUGGUGCAAAAGGUGGCGGCCGUGCUGGCCUUCCCCCGGUCCCGGGAGGAGCUGCUCCAGCUGGAGUUCCUCUCCGCCUUCCUGGAGAUCCCCUUCCUCAGCGUCGUGGGGCUGGAGCAGCCGCUGCCCUUCCGCACCCAGAAUCCCUUCCACCUGCUCAUGGACCGGAAGAGCCCCAUGGAGACCCUGAUGGACGUGCUGGACAGCAUCUUGCAGACCAACGACUGGCACGAGAUUACCCUGGUGCUGUGCCACGCCUGGGAUGUUUCUGGCUUCCUGGAUUUCUGGACCAGCAACACCGACCUCUUCCUGAGAACCAUCCUGGACCUGAGCUACCUGGACGAGCCGGGCGCCGCCCGCUACCUCCGCCAGCACUUGGAGGAGCUCAAGGAGCAGGCCGGCCCGGUGCUGCUCUUUGGCUGUGACGCCCGCCUCUCACGGCUGGUGUUCAGGGCGGCCUCGGCGUCCGGCCUGAUGCUGCAGGACUUUCACUGGAUGCUGGGGCACCCGUUGAAUGUGGACGAGCUGCAGACGGAGGGGCUGCCCCUGGGCCUCCUGGCUUACGGGGAGGUCAACAGCCCCACGUUGGAGCAAUUCAUCCAGGACGCAGUGGAGUUGGUAUCCCAGGCCAUCUCCAGCGCCAUGUACAUCCGGCCCGACCUCACCCUCAUCCAGAGCAUGGUGAACUGCAACGACAAGCACGUGGAAGGCUCGGAGUCCUCUGGGCACUACCUCUCCAGGUUCUUGGCCAACACGUCGUUCCACGGGCGGACGGGGCGGGUGUCUGUGCGGAAGACGUCGCUGGUGCACACCGAGCACCGCUAUAGGAUCUGGAGCCUGCUGCGCGACUCCCUGGGGGAGCCCACCUGGGUGACGGUGGGCAGCUGGCAGGACGGCAAGCUGGAGGUGGAGGAAGGGUUCUGGCAGAACCAACUGCAGCAGAAGAGCCCGGGCGGUGGGGGCGGCUUCUCACGGGUGAAGCUGCGGGUGGUGACGCUGGUGGAGCACCCGUUUGUCUUCACGCGGGAGGUGGACGAGGACGGGAGCUGCCCGGCCGGGCUGCUGUGCCUGGACCCCCACACCAAUGACUCGGCCGUGCUGGAGGCCCUCUUCGAGGCGCUCAAUGCCGAGAACGGCUCAGUGCCCCUGGAGUACAAGAAGUGCUGCUACGGCUACUGCAUAGACCUGCUGGAGAAGUUGGCUGAGGACCUGCCUUUCGAUUUCGACCUCUACAUCGUCGGGGACGGCAAGUAUGGGGCCUGGAAAAACGGGCAGUGGACGGGGCUGGUGGGGGACCUGCUCAGCGGCACGGCCCACAUGGCCGUCACCUCCUUCAGCAUCAACUCGGCCAGGAGCAAGGUCAUCGACUUCACCAGCCCCUUCUUCUCCACCAGCCUGGGCAUCCUAGUGAGGACCAAGGACACAGCCUCGCCCAUCGGCGCCUUCAUGUGGCCCCUGCAUUGGACCAUGUGGGUGGGAAUCUUUGUGGCCCUGCACCUGACGGCGCUCUUCCUGACCCUCUACGAGUGGAAGAGCCCCUACGGCAUGACCCCACACGGGCGCAACCGCAUGAAGAUCUUCUCCUACUCCUCGGCCCUCAACCUCUGCUACGCCAUCCUCUUCGGGCGCACCGUCUCCAGCAAGACGCCUAAGUGCUACACCGGCCGCUUCCUCAUGAACCUCUGGGCCAUCUUCUGCCUCUUGGUGCUCUCCAGCUACACGGCCAACCUGGCCGCCGUCAUGGUGGGGGAGAAGACCUUCGAGGAGCUCUCGGGGAUCCACGACCCCAAGCUGCACCAUCCCUCGCAGGGCUUCCGCUUCGGCACCGUGUGGGAGAGCAGCGCCGAGGAGUACAUCAAGAAGAGCUUCCCCGAAAUGCACGAGUACAUGAGGCGCCACAGCGUCCCCACCACCCCCGCCGGGGUCACCAUGCUCAAGACCGAGCCCCCCACGCUCAACGCGUUCAUCAUGGACAAGUCCCUUCUGGAUUACGAGGUCACCAUCGACUCGGACUGCAAGCUCCUCACCGUGGGGAAGCCGUUUGCUAUUGAAGGCUAUGGAAUCGGGCUCCCCCAGAACUCGCCCCUGACCUCCAACCUCUCCGAGUUCAUCAGCCGCUACAAGUCGGCCGGCUUCAUGGACCUGCUGCACGACAAGUGGUACAAGAUGGUGCCCUGCGGCAAGCGGGUCUUGGCCGUCACCGAGACGCUGCAGAUGGGCAUCUAUCACUUCUCCGGGCUCUUCGUGCUGCUGUGUGUCGGGCUCUGUGGCUCCUUGCUCACCUCCCUGGGCGAGCAUGUCUUCUACCACCUCAUCCUGCCCCGCAUCAAGAGGAAGAAGAAAUUCAACUACUGGCUGCACACCAGCCAGAAAAUCCACCGGGCGCUGAACGUGGGCUUCGAGGAGCAGAAAAACCAAAAGCUGAGACUUGAGAAAAGGUGCAAUAUUCAGAAGAGUGAAGAGGCACCAGCCCCAAACGCCAGCCAGCCAAGCUGGAAUAACCUCAGGAAGGCCACCAGGAAAGAGGAUAAGCGGGUGCAUUUCAACAUGGAGCAGACGCCCUCUGAGCCGGCGCAGGAGAGGGAGGUGCCCGUGUGGCACUGCACAAACGGCAGGGUGCCCCAGCCGGAGGAGUGGGAUGCUAGUGAGAAGGAGCUCAGGGAGCUGGAGGGACGGAUCCAGGCAAUCAGGGAUCAGCUGAGAGCAGCCCUGGUGCGGAAGAGCGAGCUGGUGGUGGCGUUGGGGCCCCCCAAGAACAUCCGCAUGCUGCCUGUUAAGCCUAUUGUGGAGAAGAACGAGGACAGGUAAUAGGACACGGGUUGUUCAGGUUCCUUUUGAACUCAACCCUGGAAAACCGGCUGCUGUUUCCUUUCACGUCUUAAAUCAAACCAGAGCCUGGAGAGCACGUGCAGAGGUUCCUGGUUGGGGAAGUGGCGGAGCUGCCUAGGAAGUGGGCUGUUACUUUAGCACAGAUCACAGCAACCAGGAAACGCUCCCCAGGUGGGUCAGUGCCCAACUCAUUCACCGCUUUGUUUUAUAUUAAUUCCUUCGUAUUGCAGUUGGGACCCAAUUCCCAUUCUGCUGCUGUCCUUUGGUCAUGGCAAACUUCGAGAUUCCCACAUCAGGCUCCUGCCAGGUCUGGAAAGGAGAAUCUCACUUACAAAUGAUUUCAGUUACAUAUUGAUUACUGGAGGUGUGAGGACAGGACUGGCUUUUCUCAAGGAGGAAGUUCAGGUUUAGUUCUUUCCCCACUGCCUCAGACUGAAGAAUUCUUCCCUCUUUAAAACAGCUAUUUGGGGAAACUAGAUGGAAUCCAAUGAGGAACUAAGAACUGGUGUCUCAGGCUAGGAAAGUUUGUGCCCAGUUUAGGAUCCCUUCUCUCCCCAGGGUGGGUGUGAGGCACAGACCAGAGACCUACUCAAACUUUCCCCUACAACAUCUGAGGGUGACAGUUGUCCAGGGAUUUAGGUGAUGCAAAUUCUAAGUGUUUCCUUUCGCUAGCAGCAGCUGUAAUAUUAACUGUAAAUAAAAUGCACAAAGUUCAAGAUUUUAACUAGAAUAAAAGUAAUGCAGACUU